AUGUGUUUGUUUUGCUUUACAUGGUCUGCAGCUAAGCGGCAACAACUAAUCAUUAUUUUAUUUAUAUAUUCUAUUCUGUGUUUAUCCUUUAUGAAGAUUAAAAAGUGUAUACAAAAGGUAAUUGGGCGAAGCAUUUUUGACAGCAGAGGAAUCCCUACUGUUGAAGUAGAUUUUAAAACAACUAUUGGAACUGUGCGCGCCAGCUGCCCAUCUGGAGCAUCUACUGGGUCGCAGGAGGCACUUGAGCUAAGAGAUGGCGACUCUUCUAAUUGCAUGGGGAAGAGUGUUCAAAAAGCUCUUAUAGGCGUAGAAGAGCUUGCAAACUCUUUAAUAUCUACUGGCAUGCACAUAACAGACCAAGAGGCUAUAGACAAGCACAUGAUUGAGCUGGAUGGCACUAAAAACAAGAGCAGGGUUGGUGCAAACUCAAUUCUCCCCAUGUCUAUUUGCUUUGCCAGGCUGGGUGCAAAGUACAUGCAGAUGCAGGAGUGGGUGUACCUACAAUCACUUAUGCAGAGAAGUGAUAUGAAAUCAUGUGCAUCGUGCUCUUCUACUGCUCCCAAUCUAAAGUGUGCUCUAAUAAACUCCCAGGGCAGUAAGCAUCUUCCAAAUGGAAGUGUACUUGUAAGCAAUACUGAGAUUGAUAGUGAAUUGAAAGAGAGUACUAAGAAAAAAGAAGAAUCUGAUGAGAAAGAAAAGAAUAAAGAUGAGAAGAAACCAAAUGAUUCUGAGCAAAAUGAGAAAGAUGAAGAAGGGUCUGAACAAAGCAAGAAAGUGAAAGAAGAUCUAGAGUCGGAGAAAAAGAAGGCAGAUGAAAAAAAGGACCCAGAGUUGGAGAAAAAGGAGGCAGAUGAAAGAAAAGCAAAAGAAGAGGAUGCAGAUGAAAAGCCAAAACAAAAAGAAAAGCUUAAGACAGAGAAAACCUGUAAAGAUGCUCUAUUAAAGAAAAAGCAAAAGCCUACCAUUCCUAGAAUAUUCUUUAAUAUAAUCAAUGGGGGAAGACAUGCCGACAACGGCCUUUUUGUGCAGGAGAUCAUGGUUUCAUUCGAUGGAAACACUCCAUACAAUGUUCUGACAUCUGCGUCUGAGUUUAUAUGGGCGCUUAAGUCUAUUAGUUAA